AUGGCACCGGUGCAGGAGACCUGCAGCCGGAGCAUGCAGCGGCCAGAGGGUGAGGUGGGCAGACGGUCCGGGAGGAAGAGGAGGAGGAAGAGGAGGAGGGAAGCCAAAGGGUGGAGUGAUUUGGUAUCAACCCUCAACCAACCCUCAAAAUGCUGUGAAACUUCUGCAAAUCCAGCCGGAGCUGCUGAAAAAUCAAGGGAGAACAGUUUAGAGGUGAAAGAGAAUCGAGAAGUGAUUGGGAUUCGUGACUUUUUCAGUAGAUAUCAGCCAUCAGCAGUUUGUGCUGCUUCCUCCAAACAUGAGCAGAGAAAUCCGCCGUUUCUGUUUGGAAAAGGUUGGUUGUGUUUUCAGAAGCGGCCAUGUUGUAAAACAUCAGCCUGGACAGAGUCUCAGAGGAACGCAGUGGCGCAGCUCAACCGCUUACGACCCGGCUUGCAGUAUGAUGUUGAGUCUAAAAGUGGACCUCUGCACUCCCCGGUGUUCUCUGUGGGAGUGGAGGUUGACGGUUUCCACUUUGAGGGUCAGGGAGCCUCAAAAAAGCAGGCGAAGAUGAGAGCAGCUGAGCUGGCUCUGCAGUCCCUCAUCCAGUCCCCAAACGUCUCUCAGACUCACACCGUCAUGGAGAACUUUGAUUUCACAGCAGAUUCUUUCCGAGCAGAGUUCGAACCUUCACUGCUUGAAAACUGUAAUGUCCUGCACAACAAGACGACAAAGACGGAAAUGUUUCCCAACGUCAAAAAGAACAGAAAAACUCAUAAUUUCACCCUGGACUUAGUUUCCUCGGCAAGUCCAAAAAGGCAGCUGAAUCCGGUGGCGCUGCUCAAUGAGCUGCGACCGGGACUCAGAUACCUGUGUCAGGUGGAGAGAGUCCACGGUACGCCAGUGAGGAACUUCAUCAUGGUGGUCAAACUGGAAGGGAAGGUGUUUGAAGGUUGCGCUCACAGUAAAAAUCAGGCUAAGAUUCAGGCGGCGGCUGCAGCCCUGCAGGCUCUUUACAGCAUGAACCUGGAGCCAGAGAGGAAACUGAUCUCUCUGCAUGGAGGCAGAACCAAAUGUCAGCUACCUCAGUUUUUUGCAGAAUCAAUCUACCACCUAGUAAGAGAGAAAUAUUUGCAGCUCAGUGAAGGCUGCUCCUCUUCCUCUCACGGCCGUCACAAGGCGCUGGCCGGCAUCGUAAUGACCCGAGGAUUUGACCUCAGGUCGGCCCAGGUUGUGUCUCUGGCCACGGGGACAAAGUGUUUGGACUCGGACAGACUGAGUGAAGACGGAUGGACUCUCAGAGAUUGCCACGCCGAGGUUCUGAGCAGACGGGCUCUGGUUCGGUUCUUCUACUCUCAGCUGGAGCUGCUGCUUUGUGAGCGAACGGAGGGGCAGGACCCGUCGAUAUUCGUUCCAGAUAAAGACUCAACUCGCCGUUUCCGACUGUGGGAGGGAAUCCGAUUCCACAUGUACGUCAGCCUGUCGCCGUGUGGAGACGCUCGACUCAACUGCCCGUACGAAACUGCACCCGCAUAUCCCAGCAGGAGGUUUCGCUGCCACCUCAGGAUGAAGGUGAAUGGUGGCGAGGGAACUCUGCCUCUCGUCUCAACCAGAACCAAUCAGAAAUGGACCGGAGUGUCACCGGGUCAGCAUGUCUGCAUGGCCAGCAUGUCCUGCACAGACAAAAUUGCAAAAUGGAGUGUGGCUGGCCUCCAGGGGGCGCUCCUUUCCCACCUGGUGGAGCCCAUUUACCUGCACAGCCUGACAGUGGGCAGGCUGAGCCACACGGGUCACCUGGGCAGAGCCGUGACCCGCCGUCUGGCUCGGGUCAAGCACCUGCCGUCCCUCUACAGACGGCAGCAGCUGCUCCUCGGCUGUUUGAGCAGCAGAGAGGUCCGCCCGGCUGGAAGAGCAGGCGACGUUUGUGUGAACUGGAGUUCCGGUGAACGAACUCUGGAGGAGAUCAGCAGCUUUACAGGAAGGAGCAAAGAUUCAGGGAAUGCGUCACGAAUAUCCAGACGCUUCCUGUUCAGCUGCUGGCUGAGGCUGGAAAACAAGCUAAACACUCCUGUUUCGGGUCCUGGAGCCACCACAGCGACUUAUCCCGCAUCCAAGAUGGCUGCUGGGCGCUACCAGAAGGCAAUGCAGCAGUUUAGCAACGCUCUGCAGGAUGCUGGUCUUGGUUUGUGGCCCAGGAAACCUCAGAAAGUUGGUUACAUUAGUGUUAAUGUGUAAACCAUUCAGCAAAGUCUCACUAAGUAGAAAAAU